AUGCCAACAGACGAUUCGAUUAUUCGACAACGUCUUGAUGAGCACUCCAUCGUUUUAGUUCCCUCCACUCCUUCUGUGUCUAGGUGCACGGAUUCUGCUAUUAUGUUCUUUCAUGCCCUGGAAAAUUCAGACCCGAAACUGUUGCAGAUUUUGCGUUUGUUGAAUCCUAGUGAUACAAAGAGAUUCGAUACGAUUCAAGCAUUAGACCAGUAUAGACUCCUUAUUGAACGUCUUCCUGGACUUCGGAAAUGCUUAGAGAUGGAUCUCGCUGCAUUCGAGACUUUACAGAAUGAAUCAAGUGCGAAAUAUGAGAAAUUAAAGGAACUCCAAAUCCAUAAGGAAGCAUUAGAGAAGGAUGUAGAAAACGCGAUUCAGCAUCUACGCCAUAUGAAUGAAAUUGAAAAGCAAGCCAAAGAAGUGAAUCAGUACAGCCGAACGCAAGACUUGCAGGAAGAGUUGGAACAAAAGAUUCAAUCGAUUGAGAAGAUCGAGCAGGAAACCAGUCAAUUGCGGACAAAGAUGGAGGAUAAUCGCACUAAAAUCCAGAGCUUCUACGAAGCCUUUGUAAAUUUAAAAACAGAGAUUUUGGAAAUAAAAGCCGAGUAA